CGAAUUUUGUUAGGUUAUUGUUCACCAUUACUUGUUCAGAAAAAUAUUUGUAAAGUUCUGCUUCUGAGUGCUUUGAACAUUAUUUAUGAUGAAUCUGACGCGGAACAAGAACAAGUAUAUAUUGUUUAAAAUGACAGUGUCAAAGCCAGUGGCCCAGGGGGUACAGUCCCAAGCCGUUGUCUUCUUCCUUCUUACAAACCUUAUCUCCGAUCUAUGGUUUUGCUGUAACCACUUGUCUCAUCUCCAAACCCCAUGAAGACAGUUUCUUUCUUUCUUUGUGGGUUACGUUUAUUAUCAGAUUCUUCUGUUAUUUGAUAAACAGAAAAAGAAAAAAAAAACAUGGAGACGACGAAGCUUGCUUCAUAUGAUCGUGUCAGUGAGCUUAAAACCUUCGACGAGACCAAGACAGGUGUAAAAGGACUCGUAGAAGCCGGAGUCUCAGAGGUUCCACGCAUAUUCCACCACUCAUCUCUCAAACUAUCAAACCCUAAACCACUUUCCUCUAACUCGCAACAUCUCACAACGAUCCCAACGUUUGAUCUCGGAGGACGAGUCUUCGAGGACGAGACUAAGCGCAAGAACGUGGUUCAAGGGAUUAAAGAGGCGUCAGAGAAGUGGGGUUUCUUCCAGGUGAUUAACCAUGGAGUUCCUCUCGAUCUUCUCGAGAGGAUGAAAGAUGGAGUUCGUGGGUUUCAUGAGCAGCCACCAGAAGUGAGGAAACAAUACUACGGGAGAGAUUUCAGUAGAACGUUUCGGUAUUCAAGUAAUUUCAAUCUCUUCAGCUCUCCAGCUGCUAACUGGAUAGACACUUUCUCUUGUACCAUAGCUCCAGAUCCUCCAAAACCAGAGGACUUGCCAGAGAUUUGUAGGGAUGUUAUGUUGGAAUACACAAAGCAUGUGAUGAAUUUGGGAGAGUUUCUCUUUGAGAUGUUAUCAGAAGCUCUAGGGUUAGAACCUAACCAUCUGAAUGAGAUGGAUUGCUCAAAGGGUUUGCUUAUGCUUAACCAUUACUACCCACCCUGUCCACAGCCUGACUUAACUUUGGGCGCAACUCAGCAUUCAGACAACUCUUUCCUGACGGUUCUUCUUCCAGAUCAGAUUGAAGGGCUUCAAAUCAACCGUGAAGGGUACUGGUACGAUGUUCCUCAUGUACCUGGUGCACUCAUUAUCAACAUCGGAGAUCUUCUACAACUUAUAACAAACGACAAGUUCAUUAGUUUGGAGCAUCGUGUAUUAGCAAAUAGAGCCACCAGAGCUCGAGUCUCGGUUGCGUGUUUCUUCACCACUGGUGUAAGACCGAAUCCUAGGUUGUACGGACCCAUUAGAGAGCUUGUGUCUGAAGAAAACCCUCCAAGGUACAGAGAGAUCACCAUUAGAGACUACUCUGUUUACUUCAAUGCCAAAGGUCUAGACGGAACCUCUGCUUUGCUCCAUUUUAAAAUAUGAACAUAGUGAGCUGCAGCUAUCUCAAAACAUAAGCGACAUGAAACUAUAUGUAAUAAAAGAAUUCCCAAGAGGUUCAUAAGCAUCUUUAUUUAUGCUUCACUCCUAAGAAUCUUAUCAAGUUCCGAUAAAGCUGAAAAAAGUAUAUUCACGGCUCAUGAGUCAUGAUAGGCAUGCACGUUCGGAUUUUUUCCGGGUCGGUUUGUUUGGAACUCGAAUAGUUUGGUUUGGCCGAAUUGAACCGUUUUCAGUUA